CACUGAAGUACUGUUCAAGGCUGUUCAAUUCUAAACUUCGAAUCGUGAUCAAUUCAAACUCCGUCGUCUGGCCGCUCAUUUUCUUUUUCCGUUCUCCUCCUCGACAUCCAGCCACACGGUGCAGCUGUCACUCGUAAGGUUCAAGAUUUGCUCUUCUAACAAUUGUAACUCUAUAUCCGUUACUUUAAUAAUGCUCUUUUCCUUUCGCUCCCUCAUGCCGACUGCGACAAUAACUCGCCGGGCGACUGCCCCCUAUUACAGACACGACAAGAGCAAUCUCACUUUUUUCUUUCGUCGUGUUCGUAUUCCUACUCCAGUCACAAACGAGAAAAAUCCAGCCGACCGAGGAGGCUUUGAGCAACAUUUUCCACGACUUGGAACAUGGCGAGAUAAACGAGCUAACGGUGGACCGUGGUUGUAGAAGGUGAAGACUUGGUUCGUCUGGAUGCUAGUCUCGUGCUCGUUGAUUUCGGGACUGCUUUUCGGUUACGACACGGGAGUCCUAUCAGGGGCAUUCGUUACGUGUGGUACCGACCUUCAUGGUGGAACGUUCGAGUUGACAAAUGGGCAGAAAGAAUUCAUGACAUCAACAACAACAUUGGGUGCACUCAUCGGAGGCCUCGUCGAAGGCGUUCUUUCCGACCGGACAGGUCGAAAACCCGUCUUUGAUAUUGUAGAUAUCGUUUUCAUACGUGGUGCAAUUGCACAAGCGGUCUGCCAUGAUGUUUGGAGUAUGGUAUGUCUUUCUACUCGGUUUUUCUUUCAGCUCGCAAAUACACCAAUAGAUCUGAGGCCGUUUCCUCCUUGGUAUAGAUAUGACCUAGCGUCAUGCGUAUCUCCAUUAUACAUCCAAGAACUUUCGCCCACACCUCUAUGGGGAGAAACCGGUGCAGCAAACACCUCGAAUUCCUUCAUAAGCCCAUCAACAUUCGCCACUCCGAUGAACCCAAGUUCAUUCAGCUUGUCGAUCAAGCUUUUCACCCAAGGAGAACACUCUCCAAAACCGUUGUCGUUCUGCGGUACUACCACGGUUUGCGCCACCUCUAACAAGGUUCCCCAGGCUAUCAGUCCUCUUAUCUUCAGGAGGCUGGUCAUGAACAUGUUGCCUUCAAUCUUCUUAUCCCCGCAACUGAAAGGUCCAAUUUGGGAUGCAUUACGAUCGAUUCGGAUAUGAACCAGCUUUCCGGCAGAUUCACUAGUUGGGACCGGACCGAUAUGUGGCGCAAAGGCUACCGGGUAAUAUAGAGGCAUCCCACAUCGACUGCUGACAUUUUUAUCAGACGUACGGGGGGAGAUGCCUGGAUUGAAUCUUUUUGGCUAGCGUGCCCUGGCUUGUUUUCCGGAGAGUAGAGCAUACGUUUUUUUAUAGUACCGUUUCUGAGAUCGAAACCCUUCAUUCAUUUUGCGAACUCCCAGACGCGAACUUUUAGGCCUUAGGCCUUAGGGCCAGCUGUUCGAAAUGAUAAUUACAGCCAUGUCAGACAGUCAGAGGAAGAAUAGACUUCGUUCCAGCUAAGC